GUUCCUUAAAAGCAAUGAUGGUUGGUCACUACAAGCUACAGGGAAUCAAGCCAGCUUUCUCAGAGCGUUGAAAUUCCGAGACUUGCAUAAAAUUACAACACCAUUCAACCAUUCUCUUCUCAAGUUCUGAUCCAUUUAUUGGGUGCCCCAAACAAUGGAUGGUGUCACUGUCAAGGCCGAGGUUGCAGAAGAAGAACACAAAGACCAGGUUUUGGGUCUAGAAUAUUCUCCUCCUGCUUUGGAGGAUCAUGGUGAUAGUGCUGAUGGAGUUACUACCAACAAGUCAGUGCCAGUAUCUGGACUGAAUGCAGUGAUUCUUAGUACAAGUCAGCUUACCAUCUUCUAUAAUGGGAGUGUUUGUGUCUAUGAUGGAAUCCCUGCAGAAAAGGUGCAUGAAAUAAUACUUAUGGCUGCUGCUGCUGCCAAGUCUACUGAAAUGAAGAAGAUUGGGACACAAUCUUCCCUCAUUUCACCCGUUCCCACUAGGCCUUCUUCUCCAAAUGGAACCACCAAUAAUAUUGCUUCACCGCAGGCACCCUGCUUUCCUGCAGAGAAGAGUUCCAUUUGCAGGCUGCAAGAAUUUCCAAUAGCACGCAGACAUUCACUUCAAAGGUUUCUUGAGAAGCGGCGAGACAGGUUGGGGAGCAAAGCUCCUUAUCCUUCCUCAUCAACUACAAAAGUGGCUGACAACAUAGAGAACAACUUCUGUGGUGACAAUGCACCAGAUUUGAUUUCCUUGAAACGAUCCGAGGAGGAAUUUCAGCCAACUGUCUCUGCCUCUUGAGUGUAGCUGGUGUUGGUUCUAUUUUAUGUGGUGUGAUUGUGUUGAAGAUCAUGGGCAUUCAUGUAGAAGCACAGGAACUAGUGUAAUUGUAUGAUUAUGUUCAGGAGUCUGGUAACUCUGUAUUUUUAUAACUAUUGAACCCGAAAUGGUUGCAUAUCUCUAGUCACGUCUAGGAAGUGUGCUUUGUGCUUAAAUCACCCGAUUUUAAACUGUUUUUCCUGUAUCUGACUAUGUUUGUGGACAACUGAUUAUCCAUUGUGUUGAUGUUCCAGUAUUUACUUUUAUAACACCUUUGAGCUUUUUCCUUCCUAUUUUUUG